UCUUUAAUGAAUGGGCUCGCUAAAUGUAGAGGAUUUAUAAUUAUCAUUAUUGCUGACUUUUUGUAUCGACAUCAAUGUAGUUAAUGUGCAAUGUCAUUAUUUUACACUUAUUCUGUGUUCAUGUGUAUGUCAACCAAUAAACAUCCGGAACUGUCAUAAAAUAUUAACAUUGUUAAAGGUUAAUCUGUGUUUUUCUUGUUUUGGGUGUCACUUGGAGAGGUUGUUCCUGUUUGUGGUAUAUUGUGAGGUUUUUGUGCAAUUUUAAGUCUUGUGAACUGAUAAGUCUUAGACCUAGCUGUCCCUUUUUUGUUGUGGCUGUUGUGACACCACAUUUUCAUUAGGUGAUAAAUAAAGUACUCUGUGGCUCAGUGGUAACAGUGGUAGUUUUUACCUCACUCUUUAUCUCUAUCUCAAGAGAUAAUUCUACCUGAAUAAUCAGUUUCUAUGGAAACAUGCAAGCACCAAAGUGAAAGAGACUGAAAUAAUUCUGUAGAUUAUAAUCACUACAUAAAAACUGUACCUAGAUUAUGUAAUGGUUUGGUGUUUACCGAAACUGCAUGCUUGCUAGAGAUUGCUGGCGUGUGUUGUCCAUCUGGGGGUGGUGGUGGUGGGGGGGGUGUUUACAUCUUCAGAGUGUGUUGAAUGUAACAGAUUAGCACAGGCUGGUCCAAGAUCAGAAGUUAAGGAGUCACGUUUACCCCAGCAAAAGGCCCUAAACUAUUUUGCACGUUGACUUUCUCUAGAGGCCCGAUGCCUCUUCCUGCUUGACACCUCCUCUUCUCAGCCUGUAUAAAAGCAGAUAUUCUCCUGAAGCUCGACGGGGUUUGAUUGCGCCUCCGGCCAGGCCACAAAGAGCCUUGACUGCCUCCACCUUCUCCACCUCCUCAUCACUUUGCCUUUACAUCACAAAGAGAUGGCUCCCUUUGAGAAGUCCAUGGAAGUGAUGCCCUUCAAGCAAAGGAAGUGCUUAGCAACAAGAAAAGAUGAAGUCUGCACAAUACGCUCCAAGUUCCCCAACAAAUUACCAGUCAUCGUUGAACGUUGCAUUUGGGAGAAGCAGCUUCCUCUAUUGGAUAAAACAAAAUUCUUAGUCCCUCAUGAGCUCACGGUUGGCCAAUUUCUGUGUCUGCUCAGAAGUAAGAUAGCACUUGAAGCAUCCCAGGCUUUGUACCUGCUGAUUUCAGGAAAAAACAUGUGCGCCAUGACAACCAGCAUGGCGGAAGUAUACUCUCAGCACAGUGAUGCCGACGGUUUCCUCUACAUGUCCUAUGCCUCCCAGGAUAUGUUUGGCUGAGAAGACCUUCCAUUUCUCCCUUUCAUCAUCAUGAAAUAACCAAGGUCUCCUGCAUUCACUUUUUACCACUGCUGCAGCUAGAGACCAUCACUGUGUCUAAGACUUCAAAUUACUUCCCCAACCCUGACCAUGUGGCCAAAAAAAUCUCUUCUGACCUCAAACUUUUUUUUUUUUUUUUUUUUUGCGAGGUUCAUGUCGAGAUAUAAAACCUAGUGAUAUGUACCCUGUGAAAAGUUUACAUUGACUUAUAAAGAUAGAAAAUUAUGUCACAUGACACUUAUCUUGGAGACACAGCUGUUCUGUGGAUGGUCCUGACAAUUAUAGAGCCACCCUGGAACAAUAUCCUGAGGUUCUGUAUGCUUCAGAUAGCACAGUCACGGGAAGUGAGAGAGGAAGACGGUUAAAAACUGCAUGACAUUUCUCCUCUCUGUUGUCUUGUUAUGUGAUUUCUCCUCUAAACUCUGAUGGAACUGAAACCCCUGUGACAUUCUGUGCUCAAACACUUGGAGAAAAAAUGUUUACAUGUACCUCGAAUGUUAUUUGGAAUGCUGCAAAUAAAUUGAUCUUUUUCCCUUUUCGUUAA